GUACGCAACAGCAAAGCUAGUGGCUACUGCUUGGACCAGGGCGCGGAAGAUGACAAUAAAGCGAUCCUCUAUCCGUGCCACGGAAUGUCUUCCCAGCUCGUCCGUUACAGCACCGAAGGAUUGUUGCAACUGGGCCCAAUGGGAUCCACAGCGUUCCUACCUGACUCAAAAUGUCUCAUAGAUGAUGGGAAAGGAAGGACCCCCACGCUGAAGAAAUGCGAAGAUACGCUGAGACCAACUCAGAGACUCUGGGACUUCACACAGAAUGGCCCCAUCAUCAACCGAGAUACAGGCCGGUGUCUGGAAGUAGAAAUGUCUAAAGACGCCAACUUUGGACUUAGAUUGGUAGUGCAGAGAUGCUCGGGGCAAAAAUGGAUGAUCAGAAACUGGAUAAAACACGGAAGGCAUUGAUUUUCCAAGCGUCAAAGUACAAAGGAUGUCUCUUCUCCAAU